AUGGCUUUCAUUAAUGAUAUGGAAAUAGCCGAAUUACAAAAAACUCUGACGACCAGAGAAGCGGCUGGUGAAAUUCUUGCGAAUUUUUUGCCGUUGCUGCGAAAUUUGCUUAGCGACGUUCCACACUCAGACGCAUACAACAGACGUGAAGAUCGUUUGACAUCUGGGCUUUUGCCAGAGGAAUUUGGAAGUUGGAUACCAUUAUCUUCCAGGGCUGACGGCAACUGUCUUUUUCAUUCCGCUUCAAUACUGUUGAUCGGCAACGAAACACUAUCUGGUAUUUUGCGCUUAUUGACGGUAUCUGAGUUAUUCGCCCAUUCUGACUUUUAUGGUGAUCAUCCUCAAGUUACCCAAUUUGCUCAAGCCUCCGGUUAUUCACAGGCAGCGAUUUUUAGCAUUCUUUUAAGUGAUGAUUUGGCAUCAGAUGUGUACGCUGGAAACUCAGAUAAUGCUCCGCGCGCCAUCGAAAGUCUGGCUAAAACUAGCGCAAAACCAUAUGUGUUUUCCAGUCAGUUUCACGUCCUCGCCCUUGCAUCCGUAAUUCGUCGCCCGAUAUUUUCUGUAUAUCCUGAUAUUCCUGGUUGUACGGCGAUAAAGAAUGCUUUGCAUUGUGUAUGUUAUCCAAGAGAAGGUUUCUUGGAAAACAGCUCUCUUAACGCAGCAGAUCCAGUUCAUAUUAUGUGGACAAGGGCCAACAUUUCUCCGCUACGUGGUUGGACACCUAAUCACUUCGCACCUCUAAUACCUUUCCGGAAAUUACAUAGUACCGGUUUUGAAGAUGUCGUUAGAAGGGGAAGAAAGAAGAUGCAAAAAUUUUCGUUUGAGAAAAGCGGCGGAAACCUAGAAAACCUAUAGCUAACUGAUAAGAAACAUCUGGAACAAACGACACUACCAAAUAGAUUGCAGCAAGAACCAACAAUUCCCAUUAAACAGCAGCAACAAAAAACGCUUCCUAUUAAUCAGCAAGCAACUCCCCGUAAAAAAACAGCAGCAACAAACAACGGUUCCAAUCAAACGACAGCAACAAAAAAGGGGUCCAAUCAAGCCACAGAAACAAACAACGGAUCCAAUGAAAUCACAGCAACAAAAAACAGAUCCAAUGAAAUCACAGCAACAAAAAACAGAUCCAAUGAAACCACAACAACAAAAAAGGGGUCCAAUCAAACCACGGCAGCAAACAGAUCAAAUGAAACAACAGCAAAAAACAACGGAUCAAAUGAAACAACAGCAGCAAACAACGGAUCAAAUGAAACAACAGCAGCAAACGGAUCAAAUGAAACAACAGCAACAAACAACGGAUCAAAUGAAACAACAGCAGCAAACGGAUCAAAUGAAACAACAGCAGCAAACGGAUAAAAUAAAACAACAGCAGCAAACGGAUCAAAUGAAACUACUGCAACAAACAACGGAUGAAAUGAAACAACAGCAACAAACAACGGAUCAAAUAAAACAACAGCAACAAACAACUUUUUCAAGUAAUCCGCAAAUAUUAACUCACCUUAAAAAAACAGGGAAAACAAGCAACUCAAAUUAA